ACGAGGUUCAGGGGGCGGCUACUCGAUAUUAGCAAAGUCGCUGCGUAAAGCGCGCGCAUUGAACUCUCGUCCGUCACCUCGCUGCUAGAGCUCCUCGCUGCCCGCGAUGAAUCUGUUCCGCCUGGUGGGCGACAUGGCACACCUGGCCAGUUUCUUGGUGCUGCUGCUUAAGUUGCUGGCCUCGCGCUCCGCGAACGGCAUCUCGCUCAAGUCGCAGGAGCUUUUCUUCCUGGUGUUCGUAACUCGUUAUGUGGAUCUCUUCUUCCACUUUGUGAGUCUGUACAACACGCUGAUGAAGCUGCUCUUCCUGCUCUUCUCGGGCGCCAUCGUGUACGUUAUCCGCUUCAAGGAGCCCUUCCGCAGCACGUACGACAAGUCGCACGACGCCUUUUUGCACAUCAAGUUCGCCGUCUUGCCCUGCGCGCUAUUGGCGUUGGUAUUCAACGAGCAGUUUGAGGUUAUGGAGAUCCUCUGGACCUUCUCCAUCUACCUCGAGGCCGUCGCUAUCAUCCCGCAGCUGAUCCUGCUACAACGCCACGGAGAAGUGGAAAACCUCACAAGCAACUACGUCGUGCUGCUCGGAGCCUACCGCGGCUGCUACGUGCUCAACUGGAUCUACCGAGCCGCCACCGAGUCGUCCUACCACUUCAUCUGGCUCAUGUUCAUCGCCGGCAUGGUGCAGACGGCGCUUUACGUCGACUUUUUCUACUACUACGCCAUCAGCAAAUACCACGGCAAGAAGAUGACGCUUCCCUCUUAAAUUGCUAUUGCCGCUGUGGUAUGAAGGUGAACAAGGUGACUACAGAUGAAACAAAACCGCGCACUCCGAGGCAGGACCGAAGGCAUCUCUUGGCGAUGCCCCGUGGAGUGUGUUGUGAGAGAUCAGUAGAAGAAUACCAAGGCAACAGGAGAGAGCGCGUUGCUUUUUUUUUUGAGUGUGUCGCUUGUUUUCGUAUGUGGAGUUUGUGUGUAUGUUUUUUUCUCGUGUUUUGUAGUGGUC